UCUAUAUCAUGUGUCUGUACUGACAUUUGUUUUGCUUCUGUGAAUAUGGUAAGGUUAUCAGAAUAUCUAGCCAAACCACAUAUAGCUUUUUAUCAGCUUUUAGGAUUUUGAAAGACUUUCAUGAUAUUUUGUGUAUUUUUGAAGUUUUGUCUCACAGAAUCAAAUGAAUCUGUGUGAUGGACAGCUUUUGUUUUAGUAAUGGUACAUUUCUAGCGCUCGCCCCUGCACAGCAAAUCCUGACAGUGGGACAAAAUGCUCCCUGGUUGACACUCAGGUGGCACAUAAAACAGUAAAGAUGAUUUCUCGUUAUUUCUAAGUCAAUCUCAUGGACAUCCAUUGUAUAAUUUUUGAAGAAGAACAUUGACAAUGUCAGCAAUGGAUUUAUUUGGGUUGGAGGGGGUGGCUGCAGGUAGAGCUAUUGAUGGAUGGUAGUAUACAUUCUUAAUGAUUCUCAGAUUUUGAAAAGAAAUAUCUUUUUUUGAUUGCUAAUCCAAAGUCUUAGUGAUCCUUCAGAAAUGCCUCAGCCCCUGUGACUUUGUGCAGCUACAGUUACUCCGUUGCUUGGAUUCUUUUUUCUCCUAGGAUCUCUAGUGUUGGUCUGACAGAGUACCACUUUAAGUGAUGCAGUCAUCUGGGAAAGCUAAAUGUUAAUUUUAUUAAUUUGUGUGAAAUGUGUGAUGUAAUUUUUUGAGGUCCCCCAGAAUGGUGGGAAAGAAACUUUUUAGAAAGCACAUUUUAAGUCUGACGUGAAAUUUAAUUUUGAGUACAAUUUGCACCAACUGAUGGUUCCUUUCUACCAUUUUAUUUUGAUAUUAUUGUAUAUGCAUUCAUCCAAAGUGUGGCUUUGCAGUGUGGAGCUAUUGUUUAAAAUUUGUGUAUUAUUGGUAAAAACCUGUAUUUACAGGUUUUUUUGAAAGUUCUAGAGUCUAUGCUUCCUAUUAAUUUGUACUUUUCAAUAAUAAAGUAAAUGCCAUACAAUGUCUUCUUGCUGCACUCGCUUUCUUCCCAGAACCUUGGAACACUGCAUGGACAGUAACUCAUGCACUGCCCCUCAGAAGAAGCAAAUACAUGUUUUACUAUAUACUAACCAUACAACAAGUGCGAAUUAAAAUAGCCUGGAAACACGUUGUGUAGAACUUGACACAGUGUGGUGUUGUGACAUGAUGAAGAACGAGCUGGUUUAACAGAUCCCUUUCAGGAUACAUUUGAAGGUUAAGCAACUAAAGAUCUCAGCUAAUCUGAUGUAAUCUGCUGUUACUAAAUGGAUGUCUGCAUUCGCAUUUGUAGCAUGCUGCACACGCGUGUGUCUGAAUAAAGUCUUCAGUUUUUUUGGUGUCAGUUGUGCUGGGAGGAAGCCAUGUCUCUGCUUUUUUGCUUAUGCCUCAUAAUGAGCAUUUCUGCAGAAGUGCAUGGUUUUUGUCCUUCGCAAUGCACUUGUGUUUACCACGGCAGAAGUGAUGGCACUGGAACAAGGUCUGUACUCUGUAAUGACCCUGACAUGUUUGAGAUCCCUGUGAAUGUUCCUGUGGAUACUGUAAAACUUCGUAUAGAAAAAACUGUCAUACGAAGGAUUCCCACUGAAGCCUUUUACUAUCUAGUAGACCUCAAAUAUCUGUGGGUAACUUACAACUGUGUAGCCAACGUUGAUAUUAGCAGCUUCUACAACCUGAAACAACUGCACGAGCUCCGGCUGGAUGGCAAUCUGAUCUCGACUUUCCCUUGGGAGUCUCUGGCAGAGAUGCCCAACUUGAGGACUCUCGAUUUGCAUAACAACAAGGUGACCAGCAUUCCAGCCGAGGCUGGCAGGUACCUGAGGAACCUCACCUACCUGGACAUCUCCAGCAAUAAGCUCACCACCUUGCCCUCCGACCUGAUGGACAUUUGGCCGCCCUUCUCAGAAGUCGUCCCUCCCAAGAGCACAGACAUUCUGGUGACUCAGAGAGUCAUUUUGGGUUUGCAGGACAACCCAUGGUUUUGUGACUGUCGCAUUUCAAAGUUAAUUGAAUUCUCCAAAAUUGUGGACAACUCAAUUGUACUUCUUGACCCACUGGUUACAUGUAGUGGACCGGAGAGCUUGGCAGGGAUCUUGUUCCAGAGAGCUGAGUUAGAACAGUGUCUUAAGCCAUCUGUGAUGACAUCAGCAACCAAAAUCACCUCCCCGCUGGGAAGCAAUGUGCUACUACGCUGCGAUGCAACCGGAUACCCAACACCACAGCUUACCUGGACUAGGUCAGACAAUAUACCAGUGAACUAUACAGUAAUUCAAGAAACACCUGGAGAAGGUGUCCGAUGGUCCAUAUUAAGCUUGACAGGGAUUUCAUACAAGGAUGCAGGGGAAUACAGAUGUAAAGCAAAGAAUUUAGCAGGAAUGUCAGAAGCUGCUGUUACUGUCACAGUGGUUGGUGUUGUUACUACAACUGUGUUGCCACAGAAGUAUGGAAGGAAGCAGGAGGCUGAGAGACAGAAUACCACACUGGAGGAAUCCAAGAAGGAACCUGAGAAAACAACCACACCUCUUCUAACCACAUCAAUGACCAUAACAGCACAGGUUACCACUGAAAGAUCAACAAAUGUCAGAAUUACUGACAAGAAGCAAUCCAGGUCCAUGGCUGAUGGAAAGAAAAAUUCAAAGACAGUGACAAAUGGAAGCAAAAAGCAGACUGGGGACAUGAGGAAGAAAGGUGAGGAGGCAAAGCAGACUGAGGAGACAAGCAAGAAAGGUGAGGAGACUUCACUUAAGGCAGCAGCUACAGCUGAGCAAAAUAUUACUGUGAUGGACCUAAGGGUGAUCACUGAAACAGAUGAAAGAGUGACCUUGACUUGGAAAACUGUCAAUGCCUCAAGCAACACUGCGGUGACUGUGUUAUAUUCAAAGUACGGAGAUGAAGAGAUGUUGCCUCUGAGCACUGAUUCUAGCAAAAACAAAGUCACAAUUGAUGGUUUGCAACCUAGUACUCAGUAUAUGGCAUGUGUUUCACCAAAAGGAGUGCCACCUACAAAAGAUCAGUGCAUUAUUUUCACUACUGACAUGUUAAAUGAUGAAAGCAGCUCUCAGUUUUCUAUUCUGAUAAUGGGCAGCAGUGCAGCAUGUGUAGUUGUUUUACCUUUGAUAAUUUUCUUAAUCUACAAAGUUUUAAAACUUCAUAUGAAACCCAAAGCUCCUAAGGAAGCUGAUCUUGCAAAAGAGACUUAUGUGAAAUUUGAAACACUCUCUCUCAAGCCUCGAGCAGUGAAUGCAGGAGGAGAACUCUGGGCAAGAAGAUACACAGACGAAUCAGAAAGACUUCUCCUUUGUUCUAGGUCAAGUAUGGAUUCUCAAAUGACCUUCAAAAGUGAAGGCUCUAGGUCUGAGUAUCUCUGUUGAACAUGAGUAAGGAUGGAGGCAAUGGAAUACACAAAGGGUAAAAUUAUCCAAAGUGAUGAUACUGCAUGGGGAAGAAAAUUGGUGUCAGGUGGUGGUUAGAAUAUAUCAUCUGAUGUCAUGGACCCUACCAGAUGGGUAGAGUGGUGGAUAGCAGAGGGAACUGAAGAUUUUUUUUUUUUUUUGUACACUUGUGACUUUGAAUAUGAAGGAAUGGAUGGCAUUCUUUGAAAGAUAAAUAUAGCGUAAAAUGGUUACUGGCUUAAAGAUCUUCUAUUUCUGCUUUAAUUAAAACAUCAUUGUUUUCUCUCAUUUAACUGUAUGAUGUGCUCGUUGUGUGAAUUGAACAUUAUCACAACUUUCAUUAAAAAAAUUAUGUAUUUAAAGAUGAUAGGAAAAAAAAGCUGAAAUCACUUUUAUUGAAGUUGAAGCUUUGAAAAUUUGUCAUACAGCUCUGUUUGUAAACUAUGUAGAACUGGAGGUGAUCCUAAGUAGCCGCAGUUUAUGGAUUCUUGAGAGCUACAAUAUACAUCAUAUUGUCCUUUUGGAGAUGUUAUAGUGAAGGAGCUUCUUUAGUGUCCUGAAACUUGGGUAAGAUGUUAUUAUGAGUAACUCUGAGUGAUAUGGUAUAUUGAUACUGUAAAUUUACAGCAAACAAUCUUAUUACAAAAUCCCAGCCUUAGAAUUUACUUGCAUUCAUGUGGCUAUAUACCUCAAUUUCAGAAAUCUCUGUAGAGAGAAUUUUGUGGCAUUUUGUAAUACAAAACACAAUGUCACAUAGCAGUGUAUUACAUAGAUAUUACACAGUAUUACAUACUACACUGGAGUACUAUAGUAUACUUUGAGAUACCGUAAGAGGAGGUCUUGUCCUCAGGCCACAUUGGAUGCCUAAUGAAGUUUAAUGAACAAAGUUAAUUGUGAGUAUGCUUCCCAAUCUUUAGAAAAUCCAGCAUUAGUAAUAACAAUGAAUGUAGAAUUACCUGUUACUAAUAAUAAUGAAUUGUCUAUUCUGAAGCUGCUUUUUCAAUACUUGAAAUAAAUAACAGAACUGCAUUGUUUAAGGUUCAGGUAUUACGGUUAGAAUAACACAUGAAUUAGGAAUCACAUUUUUUUCUAAAAAUGGAAACUGCACUAUUUUCUUGGACCUUUUUAUACCUGGAAGAACUGUUUACUUUGCUUGGAAACUGGGAAUCUUCUUUUUCCAAAGUAAGAAAUAUUGCCUAGAAGCUACAAACCAAAGGUUACCUUUAAAUUCAAAACAGUGGCAUCUCUUAGUGUCAUUAGUGUAGCAUUAAAUUUUACCCACUGAAAUGUUGGAGAGCUUGCCUUGUUUAAAGUAUAGGCUGAUGAGGAUAACUAUUUGUCAUAAAAGCAACAUAAAUAAGAUCAUAGCAGAAAGCACACUCAAAAAUUUCCAUAGCAUCUACGUGUCAGGGCUCCAUAGUCAGGGAUAACAGGACCCAUGUCUGAAACUAAGGGAGCUAUGCUAAGGAAGCAAAUGAGAUAUUCAGAAGUGCAACAUUACUUUACCCGCAUGUGCUUUUAGAAUUGACCUUGUUGUUUCUUCUGUUACUAGUGUGUGUGGUUAAAAAGUGUUCUGUCUUCUUCCAUGGAUAAUUUUGAUUUCAACAAAAAUACUUUUAGUUUUCUCUGUGGAAAGAAUUUGAUUUGGAAUUGUGUUUUUUAUUUGACAUUUUUAAAGGGAAGUAGUUUAUUGUUUCAAAAACAUAGCUUGUCUGAAAAGAUAUUUGAGAUAAAAUUUAAUGAGAUCUGAUGUGUUAACUUGAAGUGUUACGUUAUUUGCCUUCUAUUCUUCAUAUAGGUAGUAGAGCCAGAAGCUGUCACUGAAGGUUUUCCCAAUGAAAAACACUGUGUUUUUCAUUAAUAAGAGUAAUUAAUUUAACCUUUAUUUUAAUUCUUGGAGAACAUUUGAUUUUAGGUUUCAGAGCUGUGUGAGAAACUGGAAUCUAAUUCUAGGGUGAUUUUUAGACACUGUGUCAAUAUAGCAGAUUGUGGUAGUGCAACGCUCAUUUGAGAGAGCUCAUUUGCAAAUGUGAAACCUGUUGGUUUGACUAAUCUUUGAGGAAUUAAUAUGUUUUAUAGUUAGGAAUGAGUUAGGUCCAUGAGUGCUAUCAGUAUAUUGAAGAUGAGGUAUACUGUGAAGGGCGUAUUUUUUUCAAGAAAACACCAUACACGUUAUUUUUUUCCACACUUCCUGAAACAAUGGAAUUAUAUAACCUGAAUGUGUAUCUAUACCUCAUGUCAAAACUUCUGAUGGAGAAUUUAAAUAGGAAUUGAGUGCACAGUAAAGAUGUGCACACUGCAUCACCCAGAAUUGGUAUAACUGAAGUACUUCUUGGAAGAGAUGAAUGAUUUUAUAUUGUAAAUUCUUAAGAUUCAUAAUAGAAUUGUUAUAAGAUGCAAUGCUGAGUGAAUCGUCAUGAUGAACAGUGAGUGACUGCAACCUAUGGUUGGCCAGAAGGAGUCUUUGGAGAAGAUUUGAGCAAAGUUUAUGUGUGGCCUUUCACAUGUUUUUGCACUUUGUUGGCUCAAUUAAUACCAUGUUUCACCAGAACGGUUAGAAACCUUUUUAUACAUUACCUUCAAUGAAAUAACUGAACUGCACUCCAAGUAGAUCCAAUUUUUACUUGAAAAUUAAAAGGGGCUCAGCACUCAUUACAGUUAAACACAAUCCUAUCUUCAAUGUGCACUUACUAAGCCAAACUUUAGAGUCAUGUUUUAGGUCCUUGCUGUUACCCACACUAGAUUUUAUAUUCUUUGCACUACUGUAGAAGUCUCAUACUUGUCCCAAGUGAGGGAUUAGGAAAGAAAACUCUUUCACGUGUACUGUGAAAAUGUCUGUAUAGCAUAACCAUAUAUACUUGGGCUUAGUUAGUAGACUAAGGAAAGAAUGUUUUAAACUCAUUACCUUUUCUCUUUACUCUUAAAGAAGUAAUUAUAGUA